AUGGACGAGAAAUUUAAUAAAAUAUCUACCUCUACUAAAGAUGGAGAAGAUCUAUUACGUAAACGUAAACGUGCAGAUUCUUUAGAUCAUCGUCCAGAGCAAUACAUUAUUGAGGAAACAUCAGAAAAUGAAGUUUCAUUUUGCAAUGGUAAAGAUUUUUCUGGGAAAAACAAUAUAACAGUGGUUUCCUCAAAUAGAGAGGAAUCUUUAUGGAUAAAGUCUAUAGAAAAUGUUGUCAAAAGUGUUGUGUCUAUAAGAUUUUCACAAGUAUCUGCAUUUGAUACAGAAUUUCCAGAAAGUGGAGAAGCAAGUGGAUUUAUUAUAGAUGCAGAGAAUGGGUAUAUUCUAACGAAUAGACAUGUCGUAUCUUCGGGCCCUUUUUGGGGACAUGCUAUCUGUGAAAAUCACGAAGAAAUUGAGGUUUAUCCUAUUUAUAGAGAUCCAAUUCAUGAUUUUGGAAUUUUAAAAUUUAAUCCAAAGCAUAUUAAAUAUAUGCCAGUAGUCGCUAUCCCAAUGCGUCCGGAUUUAGCUCGUGUAGGUACAGAAAUUAGAGUAGUAGGUAAUGAUGCUGCUGAAAAAUUGUCUAUACUUUCAGGAUGGAUAUCUAGAGUAGAUAGAAAUGCACCUGAAUAUGGAGAUUUUACAUAUUCUGAUUUCAAUACUAAUUAUAUUCAAGCAGCGGCAAAUGCAAGUGGUGGAAGUUCAGGAAGUCCUGUAGUAAAUAUUGAUGGAUAUGCUGUUGCAUUACAAGCAGGUGGAAGAACUCAAGCUGCAACGGAUUUUUUUUUGCCUCUUGAUCGACCUCUUCGUGCUCUAAGAUGUCUUCAAAAAAAUCUCCCCAUAACAAGAGGGACUAUUCAGGUACAAUGGAUGAUAAGGCCGUUUGAUGAAUGUCGUAGACUAGGAUUAAGUCCUAAUGUAGAAGCAUGUAUUCGACAGUCAUUCCCUGAAGAAGUAGGUCUUCUCGUUGCUGAAACAGUUCUUCCAGAAGGACCGGGGGAUCGUUUGAUAGUUGAAGGAGAUAUUUUGAUACGCGUGAAUGGUGAAAUUCUUACAAAACAUAUCCCAUUAGAAAGCAUCUUAGAUGAAUCUGUUGGAAAGGAAAUACAAAUAUCAGUUCAAAGAGGAGGUGAUGAUAUAGAUAUAAAACUAAAAGUAUGCGAUAAACAUAAAAUUACUCCUGAUAGAUAUGUUGAAUAUUCAGGAGCAAAAUUUCAUAACUUGUCAUAUCAAUUAGCACGAAAUUAUGCCGUUGCCGUUAAAGGUGUAUUUAUUUCUGAGCCAGAAGGAUCAUUUCGACUUGAGGGACCAGAUCAAGGUUAUAUAUUAGAUACAGUUGAUACUAAACCAGUACCGGAUCUAGAUUCUUUUAUAGAAGUUGUUAAAGAUAUACCUGAUCGAAAACACGUUGUAGUAACAUAUAGAGUUAUUCAUGACAUGCAUAGUCUUUGUACGCAAAUAGUUCAUAUAGAUUGCCAUUGGUCUACUAAAUUUCGGCUUGCUAUUCGAAAUGACUCAACAGGACUUUGGGAUUUUCAUGAUUUAGGUACUCCUCCACCUCCGGAAAAAAUAGAACCGAAAACUGCAAAAUUUAUUACAUUGGAUAACAAUUUUGGUCACGCUGCAAGUUUGGUUAAAAGCUUUGUAAAAAUAUCAUAUUUUAUGCCUAUACGACUAGAUGGUUUUCCGAAAGGAAGAAAAUCUGGAACAGGGCUUAUUGUUGAUAAAGAGAGGGGACUUGCAGUUACUUCCAGGUCUAUCGUGCCAUUUGCAUUAGGUGAUCUCUCAUUGACAUUCGCUGAUUCAAUCAUUAUACCUGGAAAGAUUGAACAUCUUCAUCCUACACAAAAUAUUGCUUUUAUUAGUUAUGAUCCUAGACUUUUGGCUGAAACUCCGGUACAAGCAGCAAAACUUAGCAAUGAACGUCUUUCUCAAGGAAGCUCAGUAUAUUUCGUAGGAGUAAAUCAUAGUAAUAGAAUUGUUGGCACGAAAACGGUCGUUACAGAUGUUACAACUGUUACAAUUCCUCAAAAUGCUACUCCAAGAUUUCGAGCAAUUAAUGUCGAUUCUAUAUUUGUUGAUACUAACUUAGGGUCUCAAUGUGGAUCAGGUGUUUUGUGUGGAGAAGACGGUAGUGUUAAAGCAUUAUGGUUAACAUAUUUGGGUGAACGAACAUCUAGUGGAAAAGACGUUGAUUAUCAUAUGGGACUUGCUAUAUCAACUAUUAUGCCAAUUUUUGAAAAAUUGCAAUUAGGCAUUACGCCUAAAUUACGAAUGUUAAAUAUAGAGGUUUAUUUUAUCCAAAUGGCACAAGCUCGAAAUAUGGGUGUUAGUGAUGAAUUGAUUCGACGAGUUGAAGAUGCAAAUCUUGAAAAACAUCAAUUACUUCUUGUAAGACGAGUAGAAUCAGGAAAUGAACCCAACUUGCUUCAUGACGGCGAUGUUAUCUUAACCGUAAAUGGGAAAAUAGUUACCCGAAUGCAAGAUUUAGAUGUACAGUAUACAUCGGAAGAAUUGGACAUGGUUGUACUUCGGAAACGAAAAGAACUUAUUUUAAAAGUUCCUACAAUUCUUGCAAACACAUGUGAAACAGAUCGUGUAGUUAUGUGCUUUGGUGCAUUACUUCAAGCGCCUCAUCGUGCAGUAAGACAACAAUCCAAAACACUUCAUACACAAGUUUAUGUAUCUGCAAAAAGUAAAGGCUCGCCUGCAUAUCAAUAUGGGCUUGUUCCAACAAUGUUUAUUACGCACAUAAAUGGUGUUUUUACGCCCGAUCUUGAUGCAUUUUUAAAAGCUGUAUUACCUAUUCCUGACAACACAUAUGUACGAAUACGAACGACUACAUUCGAUAACAUCCCUAUUGUUCUUACACUAAAACUUAAUUUACAUUAUUUCCCAACAGUAGAACUUAUUAAAGACGAAACUUGUGAAAACGGUUGGAGACAAAAUGUUUAUAGAUCUAAAUAA